CUUAUUUAUUAAAGAAAUAAGUAGUCAGAAGCGCAUCGCUAGAAUCAGAAUUAAUAUGUCUAAUCAUUAAAGUUUAGUAAUAUGAAAGACUGAUCUCUCGAUCAAAAAAGAGUAGUAUGGUUUGAUAUUCUAUGUCAAAUAAUUAGAUAGAAGUUUCCCAAACUCUCCACAUCUUAAAUCCUUUCUUAGUUCCAAGUUUAUUAUGGAUUUCAGUAUGAAAUCUAUUAAAGGAUUUGCUGCCGAUGCAGCUACUGCUUUUAGUCGAGCAGUUCAAUAUACUGAAGAGAAACUUGGUACAUCAGAAAAAACUGAACUUGAUGCUCAUUAUGAUGGACUGGCUUUACGUGCUGAUAGAACAAAACAUUGGACUGAAAGACUUGUAUCAAGAACUGAUGCAGUUCUUCAACCCAAUCCAAAUACCCGUGUAGAAGAUUACUUUUUUGAGAAACUUGAUAAGCGAAGAGAGCAUCCAUCAAAUUUAGAUUUACUGGGACAAGAUAUGAUUGAUGCUGGUGCUGAUUUAGGAUCCGGAACCCCUUAUGGUACAGCUUUAAUAAAGAUUGGACAAGCUCAGCAAAGACUUGGGGCUGCAGAGAGGGAGUUUGUUCGUGCAUCCAUGACAACAUUUGUGAGUCCACUCAAGAGGUUUUUGGAAGGGGAUAUGAAGACUAUUGUCAAGGAGAGAAAAAUCCUUGAAAAUAAGAGACUUGAUCUGGAUGCUUGUAAAAGCAGGCUGAGGAAAGCAAGAUCCAUGGAAAGCCAAGCUAAUCUUAAACCUGACCAGGUUCAGCGUGAGAUUCAGCAGGCUGAAACGGAACUCAGAAUUUCUCAGGCUGAAUUUGACAGACAAGCUGAAAUCACUAGACUCUUACUUGAAGGGAUUAGCAGUGCUCAUGCCAAUCAUUUACGCUGUUUGAGCGAUUUUGUCGAGGCACAGGCAGCAUUCUACAAUCAGUGCCAACAGUUCAUGGUUGACUUACAAAAAGAACUUACAAGCACAUCCACUGCUUCAAAACCUAAGAGCGGUGGUUAUCAAGGUCUUUAUCCGUCUUCACCCAGUCCUUCAGACAUGCCCCUCAAUUCCCUUCCUGAUGACAAGAAGAGAGCCAGGGUGCUUUACAAUUAUGAAGCUUACGACACUACUGAAUUGUCCUUAACUGCAGAUGAGGUAAUUGUUGUCAGUAAUCUUGCCGUUCCGGACACAGAUUGGAUGAUGGGUGAACGAGGCACAGAGAAGGGAAAAGUUCCAGUUGCUUACCUCGAAAUAUUGAAUUAGUCCUUAAAAAUAUAUCUCUUAGUCUUAAUAUUGAACUCUUAAAAUAAUAAAUAGCCAUAAAUUGAGUGAUAAUUAAGAUUCAUGCAUUGUUUAAGGAUGCCUUCCAGUGCGAGUUUUCUAUAAUUUCUACAGAUUUUAGUUUGCACAGAAAGUUUUUUGAAAAAUCAUAGGCAGAGUGAAAGAAAUUUUUUUGGAGCGUUAGGUUUUCUUUUUUUCCUAAAAAAACUGUGUUAAUACUAUACAUAGGCAAUGUACCAUGCAUUUUAUCCUAACUAUAUAUUUUUCUCUCCGUCAAAACAUUAUUUAAGAAUAAAAAAUUUAUUAAAUGUUUCUUUAAAUUUAAUAAGUAUUUUAUGUUUUAUGCCAAGAAGUAGAUAAGCUAUUAGAUAAAAAGAUAGGCUAUAAGAUAAUAUAAGCCUUGUGCUAUGUUGAAUGUAAGCAAAAAUGACAUGAAUAAAGCAUAAAUAAGGGUUGAAGGAGCAGAAGAAGGUUCUUGUCUAUGGAAACAAAAUUAUAGUAAUGUCCAUUACUGCACCUUUAUUUGUGCUUUAUUUAUGCUCUUUUUACUUUAUUCAGUUAUUUUAUGUAUUUAAGAAAGAGCAGUUUAUGUUCACAAUAAUCUCUCUCAAACUUUUUUUAAACUGAAUUUUAAAAAUAAAAAUCACGAUAUAAUAUUUUGUUUUACUUCUAAACCAUAUAAACUGUUUUUAUUUAUUAUUUUUUUUUAAUAAUAAUAAAUAAAAAAAGUGCUUUUUUGGAAUUUAACCCACCGGCAGUUUAGAAAAUUGGCGAAAUUGGGAGAAUAUUUCUCCCUUAUACACUAUUCCUCUAUCUAUUAACAUGGAAAAACCGGUUUUGCUAUGCAGAGAAGACUGCUGUUUUAAAUAUGACUUUUUACAUGCCGAACCGCCAGUGGGUUAAAAAUAAGAAAUGACACUGAAUACUCUUUUGGAUUCCGAGUAGGCCACAUGUCCCUCCAUGCUAUACCUAUGUAAGAAGUGGAACAAAACAAUUUGCUCAUUUUUUAAUGCUUUCAUAAAUUUUCUUGCAAUUUUUUUUAAAAAUUUAUGAUCAACCCAUCUAAAAUUUUUAAUAUUUAGCAAAAUUUUUUACAAUGUGGAGAUAAACCCUAAUUUUUUAUUUGGCUAAAUGCAAAUUUGUUUAUUUGUUUGGUAAUUAUUAUUUUUUUAUAGUUGCUUAUAACUAUAUAAUAUUUUGUAUGAAACAAUAGAGAAUAGUUCUGUGCAACAAUGGAAAACAAACGUUGCUGGUUGGCUUUCCUUGCAAGUCUCUAGUUGUUGAUCUGCUUGAAGAUCUAUUGAAACUAGCUAACAUUUAGUGUAAUUUGUGGUGUAGAAAUUUGUAAAUUCUUUGAAGUAGCGUUGGCUUUUUUCAACUUCAAGUACUUUUCUGUUAAUGGGACAGUAGCUAAAUUGGCACCAAUGCUAGAUACAAUCAAAAGUGCUAUGGUGGUUGAUUGUGAUGUUAUUAAAAAAAUGUAUGUACUGUAACUUUAUUCUAGGUUAUUCUAUGCUUCGAAAUUAAUGCCCCAUAAAUAGAUAAGUACUGAAUUUUUGUUAUUUUUUUUUCCUCACUCACAUUUAAAACUUGAUGAUUAAUUUUCACUCUUAAUUAAAAAGCUAUCUUUUAAAAAUGUUUAUAAAAAAUAUUAAAUGUGCAAUUAAAAAGUAAAAUAUUAAUUUUUUUUCCUCACUCACAUUUAAAACUUGAUGAUUAAUUUUCACUCUGAAUUAAAUGCUAUUUUUUAAAAAUAUUUAUACAAACUAUUAAAUGGGCAUUUAAAAAGUAAAAUUUUCAUUUUUUUUCCACUCACAUUCAAAACUUGAUAAUUAAUUUUUUCUCUUAAUUAAAAAGCUAUAUUUUAAAGAUAUAUAUAAAAAUUAUUUAAUUAGCAAUUUCUAAGCGAAAUAUUCUUUUUACUUUUUUAUGUAUUUUUUGCUUCUUUAGUUUUCAAAGUGCUUUAAUGGUUUGCUUUUUUUGCACAAUAAUCAAAUGUAAGCUUAUUUUUUUCAAAAUCAUCUUACUGGAUGUUAAUAUAAUUUAUGUCAUAAAGGAAUUCUUAUGUCUAAAAUCAGGCAAAAAAUACAAAAAAAAAAAAAAAACGAAAAGAAAAAACUGGAAGCAAUUACGUAAUAUUUUUGAAAUAUUCCUGAAAUGCAAAAGUUGGAUUCUUUUAAAUUUCAGUCGAAAAAAAAGUUCAAAAAUAUGCGGAUCAACAUGCGGAAUUGUUUUUACCAUUUCUAUUUUAUUUCUAUAAAUUUUUUUAAAGUCCCUAUAAUUUUUACAGGAAAUCUUUAAAAUGUAUUUUUAUUUGUGUCUUAUGCACGCGGAAUUCUUUUAUUAAAAUAUUAUAUUUCCUGAUGUAUAAGUUAACUUUUCAAGUUAACAAAAUGUAAUGAACGUGAGGUGUCCUGCAAAUGACACGUAUCUGUCAUAAACUUUUAAAUCAUAGACCUAAUUCUAACAAUAAUUAAAGUGUGUGACUAAUUUUAACAAUAUUUAUUUUCUGUGUGUACAUAGUUAUUUUCAGUAUACUUCAUAUAAUUUAUACCUAAAAAGAAAGAAGAGUAUUAUAAUAUUGGUAAGGCUGCUUUUCUGUCAAUGUUAAUGACCUCUAAGCACACCCAUCACUUGUGCUGACAAUCAAGCAUUGAGUAACAAUCAAGCAAUAAAAUCUUGCAAAGUGCACAAUUGCAGGGAAAUGAAUUUUAAGAGCUCAGUAAGCAGAUAAGCAAAUAAAAAGCUGCAAGAACGAAUUACAGCUUGUAACAUAGCCUGGAAAUCACCCAAUGAUUAUAUUGAUCCUGUUUCUCAUCUUAUAGUACCUUGAUAUAAUAAUAUUUUUGAAGUCCUGCAAUUUUAAAUUCUUUAAACCAUGUUUUUUUAACUGAAAAAAGAAAUCUGGAUGAAGCAAAUUAGUUAGCUUUCACAAAUAUUACUAGUUUAAUGAGUUUCGAUGUAUUUGUGGGAAGCUUUUAUAAACUACAGAAAAAUUCAGUUUUCUAAUUUAGUGUACUAUUGAAAUGUAAUAACAUAUUUACUUCAAAAAAAAUCAAUUUGUGGUUUACCCCCAUUUUUUAGUAACUUUUUUUGCUCUUUGGAGGCUAAAUUUUUCUUGCUGAAAAAAUGCAAUUAAUGAAAGCUUCAAUUGGCAUUUUAAUAUUAAUACUUAAAGUACUACUGAAAAUUAUAUAAGAAAAAGCGUCAGGAAGGAAGAAUUUUUCAGGGGGGCUAGCUUUGACUGAUGAUUAAAAUUUUAUCCAUGUUUCAUGAAGUAAAAUAAGAAAAAUGUUCAACUUAUACACCUGAAAAUAUUGUCAGAGGAAGAAAAACAUAGUUAUUUAAUUAAUUCUAUUUUUUUAAAAUGGAAAACAUUUCCCUUUUUUUAUUUCUCUGUGAUAAUAAUCUGAUCACAUGCUUUUAAAAGAAUUUGUAAUUACUAAAAUGAAUUUUAAGUUUAUUUAGUGACUGCUCAGUUUAAUGUGUAAGGUACAACCACUUUCACAUUAUUUUGAUUAAAUAAAAAAAAUGAAUUUCAGUAUCUUGGCAAUUUGCAAGGUAAUAAACGUAGUUACCAGUAACUUUUUUAUGAAUGAAUUCCAGUUAUAUGUGAGAAAUAAGUGAAAGAAAAUCUCAUUAAAGGAUUUUGAAACAACUUAUUUAAUUUGUCUUAAAAUUUUCUUUCCUUGUACAUAUAAUUGUGUUUUUUGUGUUAACUUUUAUUAUUUUUGUGAAGUGACUGUUUUGUUUUAAUUUAAAUAAAUUUGCUGUUUAGUCUUUUGUGAAAUUAAAUGCUUUUAAGUUUUAAUUCCACGCUUUUUAAAAGCAUUUAUUCCAAAAUCAGGCUCUCUAUUUGAGCAAAUGUCUCAAAAUUUACUGUUACGAAAUAAAUAUUUUUUAUUAUUUGA